AUGCAGUUAGGCGAGCCACUCUCGGUGAGCUCGGUGACACUGCCGGGCGCGCAUUUCUACCCGCCCGAGGGCGCGAGAGGUGGCAGCGGCGGGAGCGUCGGUUUCCCCUCCGGCGCAGCGUCUUCGCCUCAGAGACUAGACUUCGACAAAGCUCCCAAGAAGUUCUCAGGCAUCCUUUCCUGCGAGGCGGAAAACGCGGAGCCCGCUGCUGCUAGACUGGGGCCCUCGGCGGCCAUGCUCAGCGACGCCGACUCCGGGGACACCUUUGCCGGUGCGGCCACGGUGGCCAAGCCCGGGCCCCUGGACGGCCGUAAGGGCUCCCCCUGCGGGGAGGCGGAGCUGUCCUCCGCCGCCGCCGCCGCCGCCGCUGCAGCCACGGCCGCCGCCGCCGCCGCCGCCGCCACCGCGCGCUACUCCAUGGACAGCCUGAGCUCCGAGCGCUACUACCUUCAGUCCCCCGGGCCUCAAGGCUCCGAGCUGGCUGCGCCCUGCUCUCUCUUUCAGUACCAGGCCGCAGCCGGGGGGUCCCACGGAUCUCUGUACCCCACUUCCAAUGGUGUGCGUUACCCCUACGGCUCCAUGCUGCCCCCCGGCGGAUUCCCCGCAGCGAUGUGCCCACCUGGCAGGGCGCAGUUUGGCCCGGGAGCCGGCGUGGGCAGCGGCGCCGGCAGCAGUAGCAGUGGGGACGGUGGCCCGGGCGCCUAUCAGUACAGCCACGGGUCUCAGCUUUAUGGGCAGUACCCGGGCGCUGCGGCGGCGGGAUCUUGCGGAGGAUUGGGGGCCCUCGGGGUUCCCGGUUCCGGCUUCCGCGCCCACGUCUACCUGUGUAACCGGCCUCUGUGGCUCAAAUUCCACCGCCACCAAACUGAGAUGAUCAUUACGAAGCAGGGCAGGCGCAUGUUUCCUUUCUUGAGCUUCAACAUAAACGGACUCAAUCCUACUGCCCACUACAACGUGUUCGUAGAGGUGGUUCUGGCCGACCCAAACCACUGGCGCUUCCAGGGGGGCAAGUGGGUGACCUGCGGCAAAGCCGACAAUAACAUGCAGGGCAACAAAAUGUACGUUCACCCAGAGUCUCCUAAUACUGGUUCGCACUGGAUGAGACAGGAGAUUUCUUUUGGGAAAUUAAAACUCACCAAUAACAAAGGCGCAAAUAACAACAACACUCAGAUGAUAGUGUUACAGUCUUUACAUAAGUACCAACCACGGCUGCACAUUGUUGAAGUUACAGAGGAUGGUGUGGAGGACUUGAAUGAGCCCUCAAAGACCCAGACUUUUACCUUCUCAGAAACACAGUUCAUUGCAGUGACUGCUUACCAAAACACUGACAUUACUCAACUGAAGAUUGAUCAUAACCCCUUUGCAAAAGGAUUCAGGGACAACUAUGAUUCCAUGUACACGGCUUCAGAAAAUGACAGAUUAACUCCAUCUCCCACGGAUUCUCCUAGAUCCCAUCAGAUUGUCCCUGGAGGACGGUAUGGAGUUCAAAACUUCUUCCCGGAACCCUUUGUCAACACUUUACCUCAAGCCCGAUAUUACAAUGGAGAGAGAACUGUGCCACAGACCAAUGGCCUCCUUUCACCACAACAGAGUGAAGAGGUGGCCAACCCUCCCCAGCGAUGGCUUGUCACGCCUGUCCAACAACCUGGGUCCAACAAACUAGACAUUGGUUCCUAUGAAUCUGAGUAUACUUCCAGCACCUUGCUUCCAUAUGGCAUUAAAUCUUUGCCUCUCCAAACAUCCCAUGCCCUGGGGUAUUACUCUGAUCCAACCUUCCCUGCAGUGGCGGGGUGGGGAGGUAGAGGCUCCUAUCCAAGGAAGAUGGCAGCAGGACUACCAUGGACCUCCAGAAUGAGCUCUCCUGGGUUUCCUGAAGAUCAUCUCUCCAAGGAGAAAGUUAAAGAGGAAAUUAGCUCAUCUUGGAUAGAAACACCUCCUUCUAUCAAGUCUCUAGAUUCCAAUGAUUCAGGGGUAUAUACCAGUGCUUGUAAGCGAAAGCGGUUGUCUCCAAGCACCUCAAGUAAUGAAAAUUCUCCUUCCAUAAAGUGUGAGGACAUUAAUGCAGAGGAGUACAGUAAGGACAACUCAAAAGGCAUGGGGGGAUAUUAUGCUUUUUACACAACUCCCUAAAAUGUUAUUUGAACUCCUUGAAAAUUAGCUACCCUUUGGCAAAUGGACUUGGUCAUAUUUUAUGUCGUCGUCUUUGCUAGGUUGCCAAAAAGACAUUUACCUUCCAACUUGAUGCAUUCUAUUUUGUGCAAUUUUCUAAAAGAAAAAGGCGCCAAAGCUUUGUGAUUGUUGCAGGUAACGGAAACAAACCUAGCAAUUUUUUUUCUUUGCAGAAUAAAGUUAAUGAAGGAGUUUAAAAUGCUUUAAAAUUCAAAGGUUAUUCAUUAUUUGGGACUUAUUUAUGGGAAACACUAUAAGCAACCAGAAAAGUAGCUUAUGGAGAUUGAGUGUCCAGAAAUAGCAAAUGAAUUACAAACUAUGGCUCUCAUUUCUACCUGUAAGUCUUUAAGCAAGUAGAAGCUGUGUGUGUUAAGAUGUUUUGCUUCUGGAAGAAAUUGUCUGGGCCUUACGCACAACAGAGGACUUAUUGCUGUCACCUUCAUGAAGGGACUAAAGAUAUAAUUCCUCACAGUCAAGGAGAAUUUAAUGAAAAUGUUACAGUCUUAACCUGACUUUGAUUCCUUGCAGGC